ACUUUCCUGCUGAUAAAAAUCUCUGUUGUUGUGUAAUUGUAUUGCAAACGAAGCUGCAACCCAUGAAAAACCACGUCUGACUGCACAAACUGUACGAAGUCCUUUUUUUUGUGUCAAAAUGAGCAAAGAAAUCGUUCUGAUUGCAGCUCUGCUCCUGGUCCUCUCCGUGUGCAGUGCUGUCAGGUUCGGGCAGCUCUGCAGUGGAAACACGGACAACCACAGGAGGACGAAUGACAGCUUUGGUUCAGGCCACUAUGGAGACAUACGGGUGCACGGACUGCAUAAAGGCGUGGACGUUGUGUGCGAUGACGGAUCAACUGUCUACGUGCCGUUUAACGUGACUCUCAAGGGAAGAGUAACCGUUUUCACCGACCCCAACAAGACAGCCAUCAACAACAGCAUCAACCUAGAAGGAGAAGGUUUGUGUUUCAAGCUGUUCCCCAUUGAUCCUGAUAAAACCUCUGGAACUCUAUGCAAGGGUGAGAGGAUUGGCACCAUGCUGCCCAUGCAGACGGUUUUCCCAGUAAUCAUCUCCCAUGUCCACGUCCAGAUGUGUGACAACGCCGAUCCCACGUCCUAUUUCUAACAGACUCGUGACACGUCUGUAUCCAGCAAAAACAGCUGCUGUUUGUUUGUCUGGAUGCUUCAUUUCAACAAAAAUAAAAUGAAACUUCAAUCAUUUCUGACCUGUUUUUGAAGUUAUUUGA